AUGGCUUCCAACGCUCUCUUCAACUGCGAGAUCUGCUCCUUCACAGCUCCCUCCAAAGCAGCCGCCGACGACCACCGCACUGAGUCGAACAAUCUCUGCCAGCUCUGGAGGUGUCCCGGGUGUAAGGACGAUUUCUGCUUCGAGGGCGACCUCCAAGCUCAUUUUCUCUCCUGUGCGAAGUUCAACACAUGGCGGAAGAAGAUGAAAUGGGGAAAGGGGACCAGUGCUCAGAGGGUCCGCAAUAUAUGCGACUUGAGUGCAGAGAGAAGAGAGAGGGAAGAUGAGGCGGCGAGGGACGCGGACUCCGUUGAAGGUGCCGCAACAGUCGACGACGCUGAGCUCGAAGAGCAACGAGCUGCAUUUGAUGAAGAGGACGAAAACGCACCGAUGUAUGUCACUACUCCCGACAAGCAAUCUCUCGCCGUCAACACCCGCCAUCAUGGCUUGAAGAGAAAGGCCGAGCAAACCAGAGCUCACCACCACACAUCCUCUCCUCCCCCCUCCUGGCUCGAAUCGCCGGAGCAACAGAACACGAUCGAUCCCGCCUGGUUGAGCAACCCGAAAUAUGGCUCUUCUCCACUCCCAACCGCGGCCAAGACACCAAAAGAAGAACAUCUCGGAGAAGGCUAUGGAGAGGGCGGUGUGGAAGCGUAUGAGCUGCCGAUAACCGGAUCUGGUAUCAGCUAUCCGUAUUUGGAUCUCUUAAGCUUCGACCACGUACGCUCAACAACAGGCCCAACUCCGAAGAGAGUCUGGCAUUUCGCAAGUUUACAAAUCGGCAACUUCCUCGCGAUGGGUACAACGGUCAACGCCUUCCUUCGCGCCGCUAAGACCAAGGGCUUCGUGCCAGAGGUCCUAGUUGUUGCGCCACUCCAGGUUGUCGAUAACAGUGGUACUAUCAACCGCCUGGCUAUUCACACGGUUAUGAAGCUUGCUGGACCUGGCCCAACCCCUGGAGAAAUCAUAAUCACACGCUCCGACGGCCAGACUUCAUGGUCGUACCGGGCCUCUCUCUACUGGAUUGAACGACGCGCUCGCCCUACCCGAGCGUCCUCACAGUACGCGCUGUAUCCACAUGUACAGUGGAGAGCAAUCGCCGCUACUCCCGAACGCAAGCUUGACGGAGUGCGCAACUUCGCUGCUUGUGGCAUGACCCUCAACCAAUACUUCACACAAUUUCAAGCUUUGAAGUUCGAGGCUUGGGUCGUCGCAGCAACUUCGUUCGACGUGCUCAACGGAGAGGGCCACUCGAUCAAUCUCGCCGCCGGGACUUUCGUGCAUCUAGGCGAUCUCAGGGAGGAUACUUCUGUGAUCCUCAUUGCUGUCAAAGGAGUCGAGGGUCGCUUCGUAACAGAUGCGGUCGCGUUGCAGAUCUACACGAGGCCGACGGACGAGAUCCUGGCCUUACUACAGGCGAAACAGACGAAGAAAACCGACUCGACUCCCACACAAGCACCACUUGCCCCUCCACAGGUUCUUCCGCAAGCUACUCCAUCACCCGAUCAACGACGCGAUGCCUCUCGCCCUACUCGCUUGAUCAUGAAAUGCACUCUGCGGGCUCGAGAUAUGAUGGGUCGUCAAGCGGAGCUUGCGCAGAACAGCGUUGUUGAGUACUUGUCCUCCUUCUCCCUUCCAGGAUGCUUCGGAGAUGCAAUCCUCGUCCGCGCAGGAGAUAUCAUCACACAGUUUUGUCGCGGCAAUACGACGCUCCGAUGGUUCUUUACCAGCACGGGUCGCAUCGGUGUGAUGGACCUUCGCAGAAACGUGAGGAUGAGACGCGUGAAGGAGACCGCAAGCGAGCGAGCCUCCGCCGACCGCACAGUCGUGGAUCCUCCAUUGACGUUCGAUGCGAGGACUUCAACGAACGAUUCGCAGAGCCAGCCAAUCGCGAGAUUGACGGUACUUCAGAACGAUGCAUCAACAGUGGGUGAAAUGCCGACCAACGACACUCCAAGCAUGGGAUCUGCGGGCGGCGGCGCCCUCAUCGAUCUCACCAACGAAGAAGACCCGACCGAGGACUCCCCAUCCAACUUCGCCUCCGCAGGAAUCUCACCAAGCCCUGAAAGGAAAGAACAUGGUCUGCUUCAAGAGCUCUUCGCACCGAGAUCUCCGCCGGUCUCGAUCACACAGAGGCAGGUUCGAGCCAGCAACUGGCAGCUGAAGCACAGCCGCAUGAUCGACACCAGCGGGGCUCACAUCGAUCUCAGAGCAAUCUUCACGGGCGAGAUGUGGAAGAAGGACGAGAUCAAGCAUACUCCUGCACUUGAGUCAGUUUCCACGGCCGAGCCGACUCCUAGCUUCGAGCCUCCUUCGAUGUUCGACUGGUGA